CACUUGUUUUAAACAACGAGGAGCGACAGUUGAAUUUUCUCACAAUAUUAUCUCUACCGUUAUGAGUCAUGGUGCCCCAGAUUCUAACCGAAGUCUAGAUCAGCAAUUUGCUGGCCUAGACUUGAACGCCGGAGAUCCGCAAAGCCGGACCCCUGGCACACAAAAGUCACCACAAAACACUUACAUCCCUCCUCAUCUCCGUGGAGGAGGUGGAAGCAAUCAACGUUCAGCAGAUUCUUUUCAGGAAAAUUAUCAUGGUGGUAGAGGUGGAAACCGAGGCUAUUCCCGUUCAUCCAGCUAUGAACGUGGUGGCGGCUAUGGUGGCAAUAGUUAUGGUGGUUAUAGUGGUGGUGGUUACGGAGGUGGCUACUCUGGCAACCAUUACAACAACUUUGGUAGUGGUGGAAAUAGAAACAGUUAUGGUGGCGGGUAUGGUCGACGUGGUGGUGGUGGUGGGGGUGGCUUCAAAGACAGGAACUAUGACUCCCCCAAAGAUUCUUGGACGUCUCUUCCCCCUGCAGAAGAGUGGGGAAAGUUAUUGCCGAGGAAUGACCGAUUGGAAAGAGAGCUGUUUGCGGCAUCCAACACCGGCAUCAACUUCGAUAAAUAUGAGGAUAUCCCAGUAGAAGCGACCGGUGACAAAUGCCCUGCUCAUAUUGAUAACUUUGGUGAUUGUGCAGAUCUCGGGGAAGUUAUCACGCACAACAUUGGUUUGUGCCAUUAUUCCAAACCAACUCCGGUGCAGAAGCAUGCUAUCCCGAUCAUCAAGAAUUCGCGUGAUCUUAUGGCCUGUGCCCAGACAGGCUCUGGCAAGACUGCCGCGUUUCUUAUUCCAAUUCUAAGUAGAAUAUUUGAAGAAGGACCGCCAGCUCCACCAGACAUGAAACAUCUUGGCCGAAGAAAGCAGUUCCCUAUCGGUCUUAUUCUUGCUCCCACUCGCGAGCUUGCCAUUCAGAUCCUUGAUGAAGCUAAAAAGUUUGCCUACCGGUCUCACGUACGGCCAUCAGUAGUGUAUGGCGGUGCAGACGUUGGCCAGCAGAUGCGUGACUUGGACCGUGGCUGUCACCUACUCGUUGCCACUCCUGGUCGUCUUGUGGACAUGUUGGAUCGCGGCAAAAUCGGUCUCGAUGUCUGCAAAUUUCUAGUGUUGGACGAGGCUGAUCGAAUGCUGGACAUGGGUUUCGAGCCACAGAUUCGACGAAUUGUGGAGCAAGAUACGAUGCCAAAGACUGGUGAUCGACAAACGCUCAUGUUCAGUGCAACCUUCCCGAAGGAAAUACAGAUACUUGCUCGCGAUUUCUUGAGCAACUACAUUUUCCUGGCCGUCGGACGCGUUGGCUCCACCAGUGAAAAUAUCACACAAAAGAUUGUCUGGGUUGAUGAUGUCGACAAGAGAUCAUUCCUUUUGGAUUUACUCAAUGCUUCAGGUCCAGAGUCGUUGACUUUGGUCUUUGUGGAAACCAAGAAAGGAGCAGACGCCUUGGAAGAUUUCUUGUACCGGGAAAAGUAUCCCGCAACUUCCAUUCACGGCGAUCGCUCCCAAAGAGAACGCGAGGAUUCGUUGCAUUCGUUCCGUAGUGGCAGAACCCCAAUCCUCGUCGCAACUGCGGUCGCUGCUCGUGGUUUGGAUAUACCACAUGUGAAGCACGUGAUCAACUUUGACAUGCCCAGUGAUAUUGAAGAGUAUGUCCAUCGUAUUGGUCGUACUGGUCGUGUGGGUAACACAGGUUUGGCGACCUCAUUCUUCAAUGAUCGCAACAGGAACAUCAGCAAAGUUCUUGUGCAGAUAUUGACUGAAGCAAAACAAGAAGUGCCCACUUGGUUGGAAUCGAUUGCAGGAGAGUAUCACAGCGGCGGCUCUCGCAACAAGAACUACCGACGCACCGGUAACAGCGCAUUCGGUUCCCGUGAUUAUCGUCAACAAGCCAACCGCGGCGGUGGUGGUAGCGGCGGUUACAUGCAAGGCAACCCUGGUUAUGGGCAAGGCUAUGGUCAAGGUUAUGGUGCCGGAAACUAUGGCGGCGGUGCGCCGUACGGAGGUGGCGGAAACUAUGGUGGCUAUGGAGGUUAUGGUGGCUAUGCUCCGCGUGGUAAUCCUGGCAACAUGGGCGGUCGCUCGAACGACUGGUGGAAUUGAUAACAAGUAUUUCAGUGUCACGUUUCAUCUUUAACAUUUAUUAUUCAGUUUAACUUGGGUUAAUGUGUUCAGUUAUACGUUUGAAUCUUGAUAACGUGGACAUUGCAGUUUUCGAAGGACUUCUUCUUGCUCUCGUUUGAAAAAAAAACUUAAAUGACAGUGGCGAAAAUGUGAAAUGGAUCGUUCUGAAGUCUCCGGAAUAAAAAUCUCUUGGAAAUACGUUUGGUAUUUACGGAACUUAUAGUUAAACGGUGGCGGUGGCAAAACUAAAGAUACAAGUGGAGAGACGUGAUGGCAGUUCGUCUUUUGAAAUGUUGAUCGAGAUAAUCCAGUGAUUGGCUGUUUGCCCUUUGUUAAAAGAAGAACAAGUAAGUUUGAUAGAAGAUCAACGUUUGCAUUGCGACGAAGGCAGAUACGGCAGGAAUGAAAGAAGUUUAGGAAAAUUACAAAAAAGAACUGUGAAAUUGCCGUUUCCAUGCAUAAAUCUGCUUGAAAUUGCCUAUGAAAUUGCCGUUUUCCACUCAUGUCAUAUCCGACGCGUGCAUUUGAGGUUUUUGUUCUGUUUAGUAUAUUUUAUUUCAUAGUACAUAUUAAUUAAGUGGACAGUUGUGAGUUUACAUUAAAAUGCUACAUUGUUAAUUCUUUUCCCUGCACUGAAUCAUCGACUGAUAAUUGAAUCGGCCUAGUGACAACAAUCCUAUCUUGCGAGCUUUCGGAGAUUACGCACAUUAGGACAAGGAAGACAUACACUUUCGUAAUGUUUGAAACAUUUUCACAGCAGUGACAACUCGACAAUUUAGUUCAAUUUAAAAUUUUCAAAUUUAUUUGACCAUCGUAUUACCAAAAGGAUUGUUUUCAUCGAGAAAUGAGACCCUACGGGGGUAUUAAAACAUUUGUUAAAAUGAUGAUUCAAAUAUAUAGAGAAAUAUUUACGAUCAUAAAUAUUUGUGGAUUUAUUCGUAAUUUUCAUUGCUUCAAAUGAAGCAUUCAUAAAAUGUUCCAAACAUUACUAAUCCCAUGCAAGUAUUCCAUAAAUUUGAUCGUAAUUGUCGUGAACAAGGAAGUGCAUAUGUCUUUAUAUUCUGAAAUCAAACAUCCUAUUACAUCAGCCACCAUGACAUAUACGCACGGCAAUUAGUUCAAACUGAAACUCAAAACACAUAAUUACAAUAUGUGCGAACGGCAUCUGCACAUAUUUGCUAGUAUAUAGUUCAAAAUUUUUCCAACUUUCCACAUCAAAUAUUUUGUCCAUUAUACCUUCACGUACGUGAAAUAUUUCUUCAUGCAUGCUCAAUAUAUUUCGUUGCUCGAUUCCGCUGUAUGGAUGCUUUGUUGACAUUUCAACUUGGCCACCCGCCUUGCUUAUUUCCGCGUCACGAAUUUGGGAAAUAAAACGCGGUCAGUAGCAAGGCUUUGUGAAUUCCCAGAAGCGGUUUCCAUGAUGGCCGACACAUGUCGAGUCACUUGAGCGGCUUUUUUUUGUAUCAAUGCACAUGUGUGCAAUUAU